AUGGUGCUCUGUGAACGCCUGCGUGGCUUACCCAAGCAGGAGGUACAAGAGUUGUUCGCGAAGAUUGCAGAGAAAGAUCUGUCCGAUGCGCUGGUGGUGUCACCUGCAAGUUGGGAGAAGAUCACCAAGGAACCUGCCUUCCGUUCCGGUCUCUCUUCCGAUGCGCCUUCAUUAGCGCACUGA